AACCUUGCAAAAUAACAUUGUAUGAUAUCUAUUUAUAAUCUUUUGUUGCUGGGUGUUAUACUUAUAAUACUUAUGCCAUAUCAGAUAGAACCGUGAAAGUCUUUUCAACACAGAAUAGAUAAACAAAAGAAUAUGAAAUUGACACAAAGUACCAAACAAAGCCUUGCUUAAAGUGACAUCAUGCAUAAUUGUUUCGAGUUAAUUCUCUGGAAAACUUGUCAAAAACCUGUAUUGUGUUAAGGCCUUAUUGUAAUAAUCUUUUUAAAAAGGUAAAGGUAAUUUAAGAAAUUUCCACAAAGAUAACCAUGCAGAUAUAAUUCAAUUAAGAGUUGUUUAAACUAGGGACAAAAAUAAGUAAUUGACAUCAGGGGUUAAACAGUUGGUCAAUUAUAAUUGGGGUGGGACAAUUAAUGUAGUGUUAGGAAAACCAACAGGGGGCAAACACAUCAAAAAACAUUUUGGGCCAAACUUUGGAUUAAUGUGCAAGAUUUGAUGACAAUUUCACCAUUGACCGAUUUGGAAGGAGUGUGAGGCAAGUAACGCAGGGAAUAUACUUCUCCAUGACGUGCUGGUGAUGCCUGUCAAGCUGUCAUAAUGUUGCGGAUCUGUGUUUCGUUUUUCAUCCUCCACUUGUGUUCCUCAGCACUUGUGUAUAAUGUCAGCGAGGAGACCAAUCCUGUUUAUUUCAUUGGAAACGUCGGACAAGAUUCAAAUGUUGCGUCCAUGCCAAAUGUCACACAGGAUGUGCUUCAGCGGAUGGAAUAUUCUUUCAUCGGAGGCACUCAGGAGAUUUUUGAAAUUGACCUCCGCUCUGGCAUUUUAAGUGGAAAGACAAAAAUUGACCGAGAAGUCCUUUGUCCCCAUUUAAGAAUUUGUAAACAAGAUUUAAGAGUUGCGGGAAGAAGUGGCAAUUUUUUCCUGACCAUAGAUGUAACAGUAUAUAUUAAUGACAUCAAUGAUAAUGCACCUACGUUUCCCCAGACAUCAAUAUCUAUAGAUAUCUCUGAGGGAUCCUUCAUUAACUCCACCUUCCCCCUGUUAGGAGCUACAGAUAUCGACAUGGGAGCAAACAACUCCAUCACUCACUACAAGAUAACCCCUGAUUCUGGUAUCUUUGCUUUGGACAUUAUCCCUAAACUCGAUGGAACUUCUGAUCUCAAUCUAAGACUUAUCCGGGCACUGGACAGAGAACUAAUGGAUAAAUACACUGUAUAUGUGAGUGCGCUGGAUGGUGGAAAUCCUCCAAAAUCCGGAACUCUUAUGGUCAAUAUUUCGGUGACCGAUAUCAAUGACAAGGCCCCUAUAUUUACCCAGCAGAUAUACAAUGUCACAAUCAAAGAAGACCUUGCAAUGAAUUCUCUUGUUGUGCAAGUGACUGCAAAUGAUGGGGACACAGGCAGAAAUGCUGAAGUUUCUUAUAAGUUUGCUACCAUUCAGACCGACAACAUUGACAUAUUCAACAUGAACUCAGCAUCAGGGGAAAUAACUCUGGUAGGGUCCCCGGAAUACAGUUCCACGCCGUACAGGAUCAUCGUUGAGGCUAUAGACAAUGGUGAACCAAUCAGGAAGAGUAGCCAGGCUCAGGUGAUAGUCAACAUCAACGACACCAACAACAAUGCACCAGAUAUCAGCAUCAACGUCCUCUCAGAGUUUGACUAUGCAAUCAUCACCGAGAAUGCAAACAUAGGUGACAUUGUUGCCCAUGUAGAGGUUGAUGACGCCGACAAUGGUAUCAAUGGACAUGUCUCUUGUCAUAUCAUCGGCAAUCCCUACUUCAAGCUUCAGCCCAUGCAGUUUGCACUGAAUGAGUUCAAAGUGGUGGUAAAUGGUACUUUAGAUAGAGAGGACAUCAUUGAACAUAAUGUCACCGUUUUUUGCGAAGAUGGUGGAACACCAGCCCUGAAUUCGACAGAGAGUUUCAGAGUUCAAAUUUUAGAUCAAAAUGACAAUAUUCCUCUGUUCGUUAAUAAGAUUUAUCCUUGUGAGAUUUACGAAAAUGAACCUAAUGUUACUGUGUUGGUCAAAGUUAGUGCCACAGACAAUGAUGUCGGACCCAAUGCCAAAGUCCGUUAUUAUAUCAAUCCUGGGGGUCAGGCAGACUUCCGGAUCCUUAACCCUGUGGAUGGGAUUAUCACUACAAGGCAUACAUUUGACAGAGAAAAAAUUAGCCAUUACAAUUUCACAGUCAUUGCUGUUGAUGGAGGCAACCCUGUUGCUCUGACUGCCACAGCAACCAUACUGGUGACCGUUCUAGACAGAAAUGAUGUCACUCCAUAUUUUGAUUCCGAUGUCUUUGAAUUCAUCAUACCAGAGGAAGUGGCCAAUCUGACCACCAUUGGUUUUGUGAAAGCUAAGGAUGAAGAUUAUGGAGCGAAUGGGAAUGUGACCUUUGUAAUGGACUCUGAUUCUUUUGGGAAAAUGCCUUUCCUGCUUAAGCCAAAUGGAGAAAUAAAAAGCAUUAGAAGACUGGACAGGGAGCAAAUUGAAGAGUACAAUUUCACUGUAAUUGCAAGGGACAAUGGAGUCCCACCCAAAAGCAGCAGUGCCAUAGUUGUCAUUAAGUUGACAGAUAUCAACGAUAAUAGUCCAGACUUUAUAUUUCCUAACAGCGUCAACUACUCAGUCAACCUCUCAUUUAUGGCAGAAGUUGACAGUGUUGUAGCAACUGUGAUCGCUGUUGAUCCUGACAAAGGAGUGAAUGCUGAAAUCAGAUUCCACAUCAUUGAGGGAAACAGUGAAAACUUAUUCAAGAUUGACACCUAUUCUGGAGAAAUUUUCCUGGCCAGAAAAAUCCACCUUUAUGAAAUUAAAAUCUAUGAUCUCCUACUCACUGCCACUGACCAAGGAAAGACUCAGGAGAAGACCUCUCGGCAGUUGUUCUCAAUCCACAUCAAAUUUGUCAACACCACUGCAGUCGCUCAAAAAAUCUCAGAAAACGAACCCCAAAAUCUUAUCAUAGCCAUUGUGAUUGCAAUAGUAACCUUUGUUCUCUCCCUGGCUAUCAUCAUCACGAUUUGUGUCAUCAGGCGAGCAGACGUUAAAAAACACAACUACCGCGCCAAAAACGUGGAGGAGAUGAAGAUCAUGGAGACGAUGGCACGUAACAGCAGCACGCGAUCCUCGUCUUCCAGGGGAUCUACAGACCACAUCAUCCCUCACCGCGACUUUGGUCGAAACCGCAAGGAGGUCAGCUUUUCAUUGGAGGAAGACAGCCUGUCCUUCCAUCCUCCCAGUAACAGCCCCAGUGUGUCCACAUUCAAGUCAAGUCCAGUGGACCCUCAGCCCCCAACAGUCCAGCACAGUAGAGAAGACAGUUCUCUGUCUGAUAAAAAUGCACGGAACAUCAACAGGAUGGAGUCCCUUAAACUACAGCAGCGGAUUCUACAGAGGAAGGACCCACACCAGUGGCAGUCGGAGGAAAGGGCCAAGAAUAUGCCAUACAUAGAAAUUGGAGGGCCAUCAGAACUAAAGGGAGAUAACAACAGUGAUUUAUCCGAGGAAUCUCUGACAGGAGACAGUGGCAGGGGAGGGAGUGAGGAAGAUGUCCGGAACAGCGGGCUGACAGGAGUGGAUCAAGAGUCAACAAGAUCUCGUCAUUUAUCUGUUGCAAACAGCAGUGGAAUAUCCUCCAUCGGGUCCCAUUCAUUCUCACAAAACAUGAACUUUUCCACAUUUGGGCGAGGGACAUCCACAGAAGGAUUGUCAACUUUUCCUCGAAAUAAUGGCUCCAAAAACUGUCUGAAUGUCUCCAGACACCCCUCAUCGAGCUCUGUGAACCAGGGCUAUAAAAAGGUACAAAGACUUAACUCCGAGCAAUACUCACCUCAGAGGAGAGUUCUGAGAGACAUUCCUACUGUGCCAAAGUCUUUCACAGGAGAGAGACUUCAUAGAAUUCAGAAUCAAACUCUAGUGCAUUGUGAUGACGCUUAUAGUGAAAGCUGCAAUACGACGGCGCGCGAUGACGACGACGCCACAACGACGUCAGGCAGCUAUACAAUCAACCCAGAUGACCUGUGCAAUGAAAUAGAUAAUCUCUUCUUCAAAUCUGACACUGUUGUUUGAGAUUUGUGAAAAUUUUACAGCAUGAAUUGUGAUAUGUCAUCAUUUUAAAUGUUCGAAUCUUGCCAAAGUCUCAUUAUGUGUUAGGUUUUUGUAACCAAAGCUUAUCAUAAUGUGUCUUCCAUUUCAUAUUUCCUUUGCUAAUUGUUUGAGAAUAUGGAAGAGAGAGAGAGAGAGAGAGAGAGAGAGCGCUAUUUCACUGCCAUUGGAGGGUGGGACUUAGCACAACUAGUCCAAUCAAAAAAGAGAUGAAACUAUCAAUCAUCUUCAAACUAUUUAUUUGACCAAAGGAUGCUGAACUGUUUCUUUAGCUAGUGCUUUAAUUGUACAUAAAUUAUUUUUGAAUGAUUGUAUUAUGCAAGGUAAUCAUUUAAUGUUCAUUAUGUCAUGUUAUUUCACAUAAUGUUCAUCACAAUCUGAGAUCUUUGAUAAUUCACAUCAAAUGUGAUUUUUUACUCAGGUUGGAAAGAUGACAGAUCUGAAUUAGUUCCCUUUGACAAUUCACCACAGCAGUGCUCUCAAGAGAUUAUUAUUGGUGUGUCUUCUUCACUCACAACACAGUUUUGUUUUUCUUGCAUCUGUUGAGGUACAAGGGACUAUUUGUUGUGACUGGUAGAAAGUUUUCAUUGUUAAACCAUGCAGUUUGUUGUUAAAUAUGUUUUAUAUACACCUAAUGAUUAUUUUAAAUUAUGUACAAUAAACAUGAAGAAAAACAUUAAUUAAAAAAAGAUAUAAAAUCAAA